CAUAGAUGUAAAACAAAUUUGCCUGAAAAUUUUAUAUUGGGUGGUGUUAUUCGUAUAUGACUAAAAGUGUGUGCCUACACUUGUAUGUGUGUACCAGCAGUACGCAGCUUUUGAUUAGCAGUGUUCGCAGCCACUAAGUCAGCCAGUUAUCGUCGCAACGCCCCGAGAUACACCUCGAGUGAAGAUCGUAACGCGACGUGUUGAGAUUUAUUGCUAUUGAAGCUGAUAGUUCGCCUUAGUUUUAAGCUAGCUCGCUUAUCACUUCACGAACGUUAUUAAACGUUGCCAAAUUAGACGUUCGCGGGAAGCUUGUUCGAGUUUAAUCAAGAAAACAAAACAUGAGCCAAACCAACAUGUAACAUAUAAAACUGACUAAAUAAAACUACAGAGUUUCGGUGAAACUUACAAAGUGUAAAAAAACUACUGACAACUCGAUUCAGUAAUUGGUUUACGAGUAGCUUCUACAGCUACAUCACAUACUAAUAAAACCGAGUGCAGAGGUACAUAUGAGAAACAACAUUUAAACAUGGUACAAGUGUGGAUUUAUUAAAAGCGCAAUUGUAUAUAUCGAAUCCGAUGUAUUUUUGUUAACAAUAAUAUGUUUAUGUAUUAGAAAAUUAAUAGUUUUAGUUCUUUAAUAGUGGUGUUUUGGACAAGAAUUGUGCCAAGAAAUUAAAUGGAAGCUCAUUGAGUUGAGCUGGUAUACCCCGUUCAUAUUAGGAAUGAAUAAAUCACAGGUAAAUAAUUUCCUGCGUUGCCUCAUGCAUAUCGAUGAUUUUAAUUAUUUGGCGUUGCAUGCACACGCUGUCGGUAGAGGUGCUAUAAAUUCCAGUGCGACACUGCAUUCGCAGGUAUCCCAAAGUAUUAACCGUGAGUCGACCGAUAAUGAUCAUGAUCACGACCCUGAUGAUGAUGAAUCAAGUAGGCAUGAUAUCUUAGUCGCCAAAGUUACAGCCAUGGUGGUGCUUUUCUGCGCGAGUACAUUAUGCGGCAGUAUUCCUUUUUUGCUCAAUAAAUUCUUUCGUUGGACAGAGGCACAUACCAAUUCACGCUCAGCAACAGUUGUUAAAGGUUUAUUAUAUUUUGGUGGAGGAGUCUUGUUAGCCACAACUUUCCUGCAUCUUCUGCCCGAAGUACAGGAGGGAGUUGAGCAAUUACAGGAGUGCGACAUAGUUCCCGAUUUGGGAUUUAGUCUAGCGGAAUUCCUUAUGUGCGUCGGUUUCUUCCUUAUGUACCUGAUAGAGGAGGUCUUACACGCAUAUAUACACCAACAUAUGCUUCUGAUGGAUAGUGAUGCAGGUGCCGGUGCAGCUUUCGAACGUGGACGUAGUAUACGCAACAGUUAUUUAGUGAGGGGAAAAACAUUUGCCAAUGAGUCAACAGAAGAAGAUGAAACCAAAAAAGGCCCUACGAGCACUCCCAACUCUCCGAGUACCUCAGCAAGUAAUGUUGUAAGUGUAGCUGGGCGACCACCAACCCUUUCAAUGCAAAACUUGAUAUCCAAUGACGUAGAGAAUCAAAAGUACAAUGAGCAAGCUCAUCAUAAAGAGCCACAGAAAUAUGAACCUCAACAAACAUACCACCAUCACCACCCCCACCAUCAUCAUGAUCAUCAACAUCAACCCAGCCAUGACCAAGCUCAUGGUCAUGGCCGUGGCCAUUCGCAUAUGCCGAUUGACAAUGAUGGCGAUAGUAAAGAUGCGAUCACAUCGUCUCUACGAGGACUGUUCAUAGUGUUGGCGCUAUCGUUGCACGAACUAUUUGAAGGUAUGGCCAUUGGUUUAGAAAGCAAUGCAUCGGAUGUAUGGUUUAUGUUUGGUGCUGUAUCCGCGCAUAAACUGGUGCUGGCAUUCUGCGUUGGCGUCGAGUUAAUUGUGGCACGCACACGCUUCAUGCUCUGUACAGUAUAUCUGUUGACAUUUGCUAUUGUAAGUCCGAUUGGAAUCGGCAUUGGCAUAUUGAUCAGCCAUAGUGAUGGUAUUAAAUCACCUAACAUACCCUCAGCCAUAUUGCAGGGAUUAGCUUGUGGCACACUGUUAUAUGUAGUAUUUUUCGAAAUUUUGUCGAAAAACCAUGCCGGCCUGGUUGCUUACUUCUUAUUGCUGGUAGGAUUUCUAGUCAUGUUCGGACUACAACAGUUGGGUAAGUGGGAUGUUAUAUCGGAUUAUGUUAAAAUAUUGAGGAAUGUUUAUGAAUGCAUAUAUAAUUUGGUCUUUUAAGAACAUACUGUUUUAUAAAAAUCAUAAAACCUAUUAGAAAUUUCUACAGAUUGCUAAGAGCUUAGAGAAAUUCAUGAUAGUGGAAGAGAAUUAAAUUCAACAAGAGCAAAAAUUUCGUUUGAUAAUAUAUUAUUUUAUUGCACAUAUGUAUGUAAGUAAAUAACCGUUGAUAUCAACCCCCAAACAUUCAGAUUAAAUCCGACUAAUUUUAAUACAAGUGGCAUGUAGUUGUUCAGACAUAAACAUUGUUAAUAGUUUUCAAAUAGUUGACGAUUAGAUUACACAGGCUAUCCUAGCGUUAGUCCAUCAACGUAGAAAAAAGGCUGAUUUUAAAAGACAAACAUACUUCCAUUGACGAAUUUUUAUGCUUCCGCAUCCUGCCCUUCAAAUCUAUGGCAUGAAUAAACGCUAGUAAACUGGACCUAUGCUGCUUUUAGAGAUAAAAAUUAAUGAUAUGAAAUAUAUAUGUAAAUGAUCAGCGUGAGGAGUCGAUUUAGCCAUGUCAGUCUGUCUGUAUACACGCGAAUUACCUGUGCAGAGUAUUAUAGCUUCGGUGCUGCCAGAGAAUGUUAUGAAUAGAGAAGGAGCAAAUGUUAAAUGAAAUCUUUUUGAGUACUAAUUUGUAAUUCCAGAUGAGGGAACAUCGAAAAAUAUAACUUCGAAAAAGAAAAAUACACCACACAAUAUGCGAAAUGCUAUAAAUAGACACAACGAAUAUUCCUAAAUGAAAAAUCGUUGCGCAUACCUAUUUAGAUUUAUGUUUUCAAUUUCUAUGAUAUGACAAAUUUAUAAUUAUGAAAAGCCUUCUGAAUUAAAAAGCUGUAUUACCGGUAAAACCAGAAUUCAUAAUAAAAUAACCUUUGAUAUGCAAUUUUCCAACUUUGUAUGUGCGUUGAGGAGUAAUGCUUAUGAACAAAAAAUAAUAAAA